AUGGCAGAAGACUACGUUCCCGAUAUUCCCAUACCCCCUCCGAAAAAUCGCGGCUACCUCGAACCCUUCGUGAUCCCUCCACGCCGCCCGCACACCCAUAGCAUAAUCCUCCUACAUGGCCGUGGCGGCAAUGGUCGGGACUUUGGCGUCGAACUGCUCACCACCAAACUACUCUCCUCCGGCACCCUCACACAGUGUUUCCCAAGCACAAAAUUUAUUUUCCCCACCGCCAAGCUUCGGCGCUCUACCCAGUUCAAGCGCAUACCUAUCGCGCAGUGGUUUGAUCUGACCAAUCUAGGCACGGAAAACGAACGGCGAGAUAUUCAGCAUGAAGGCCUAAGAGAGAGCUCGCAAUUUAUACAUCGGCUUAUCGACGAGGAAGCUGCGCUGGUGGGCAUAAGAAAUGUGGUUGUGGGCGGGUUAAGUCAGGGCGCGGCCCAGGCACUACAUGUCUUGAUGAGUUACGAUGACGGAGGAAAAGGCGGAUUGGGAGGGUAUGUAGGCAUGAGCGGCUGGUUGCCAUUCCAAAAGGAAAUGGCGGAGCUAGCCAAUGAGCCUUCGCAAAAUGGGGAUGGUGUUCAACCAGAGGAUCUGUUUGAGAGAGACGCAGAUGCAUCACGGCAGCAAAACCGCUUUGACGAUAGGAAUAUUGCCCUCGGUGUCCGGGCCGUUGAUUUCUCCCGGCAAUGCGUUCUUGAUAUCGAACCCCUUCCUCCGCGAGAUACGCCGCCCGGCUGCCUCUCCACUCCCAUUUGGCUAGCUCACGGCGCCAUGGACGAGAAAGUCCGUCCGCAGCUGGGCGAGUUGGCGGCGCAGACGAUGGAGAAGCUCGGCUGGGAUGUCACAUGGAUGCUUUACGACGAUUUGGAGCAUUGGUUCGCGCCGUACGAACUGGACGAUAUGGCUAUCUUUUUAAAUACCAGGGCCGGGGUCCCAGAGGACUAA